AGCACUGGCUCAGAUCGACUCACAGUUUUCCAUCAUCACUAGAGACCAUGACUUGGCGGAUGCGAUGUGUUUCCAUCCUCCAGGUCACUUUGCUUUUGGCCGAAGAGCAGCUGGAUGUAGAGCAGCUCAUGGAGGUGGAUGAGGACUGCGGUGAAGGGGAGUGCGCCCUUCAUGCCUUGCAGGUGCGAGGGAAACGUUUGGCUUCGGAGUCUGCUCAGUCGAGGCAUUCGUUGUCCGCCCGGCAGGUACCCAGCUACUAUUGCCUCUAUCAGCCUUGGCUGCCGAUGUGUAUGGCACAGCCGCAGCAAUCCCCAUCGGCAAAGCAACUCCCUAGCGGUACCCCAUCGGGCUUCUGCCAGAUGUAUCCUUGGUCACCCUACUGCAUACAGCCCACCGCGCCUGUGGCGAGUCCAAGCGCUGGAUACAUUCCCCCUGUGCAGCCGCAGUAUAGCGCACCGCAGGCGCCACAAUAUGCGCCACAAUAUGUGCCGCAGAGCACCGCACCCAUGUCGCAGCUGCGACUCACACGCCGGGGUGGCUUAGAUCCACCGGCCAAGGUGGAUACCUACAAUGGUGGUGCUUGGGAGGUGCUCAAACUGCCAGGAAAAAGGAGCAUGCAUUUCUUUGCUCUGGGCGACUGGGGUGGUUUGCUCGGCACGGGCUAUGCGCCCAUGAUCCAAUAUCGUAGUGGCCAGACUCCAGGGCCUCAUACCAUGGCCAGGUGGAGAGGUCCGUGCAAGACCGACAAGAUGAUUGCGUGCUUCGCAGGAGAUACUUGCGAGCAAAGUUGUCACUACGACCCGCAGGUGGACAGGCAAGCACAAGUCUUGGUGGCCACCCAGAUGAAGAAACGUGCUGCGCAGAGCCAACCCGACUUCAUCGUGAACGUCGGAGACAACUUCUAUUGGGGAGGAAUCAACACCGAGUGCGGCACUCCCAUGAAUCAGAUUAGCGCUGUCACGCAGCAGCAGUUUACUGAGAUCUUCGAGAAGAUCUACGGUGGACCUGGCUUAGAUGGAAAGCCCUGGUUGAGUGUGCUGGGAAACCAUGAUUGGGGUGGCUACCAGUUCAACAAGGCAGGGGCAGAGAGAGGCACCCAGCAGAGGUGGACACCAAGGCAAUUGGUCUACACCCCGCUGCCGAUCGCGUAUACCUGGGCAUCUGAUCGCUGGAGACUGCCGGCGCUCUACUGGAUGCAGCGGGUGGAGUAUCCGGACUUGGAUUUCAGUGCCGAGAUCUUCAUGAUCGACAGCAACGCCAUGGAUGUGAAGCCCAUGCAUGCGGAUCCUGAGCACAACAUUUGCGGACAGCUGCACAACCCCACCAAUGCUCGUUGCGAUGCAACUGGUGGUCCAGCAAAUCUCAAGGAUUGCUUUAGCUGGAUGUGGUCACUCUGGAGAGAACAGAAGAAAUGGGUUCAGCAGAAACUCACUGAGUCUAAUGCCAAUUGGCAGAUCGUGGCCACGCAUUUCAACUGUGGACACGAGGCUCAAUGGUACAAGGAGCUGCAUCAGAAGUAUGGUUUGGAUUUGCUGAUCACAGGACAUACCCAUGACCAGCAAGUCUAUCACGAGUCUGGAAUGUUGGGAGGCCUCACCUGCUUCAUCACCGGUGGUGGAGGUGGGAUCACCUCAGAGGCAGAUCCAUCUCAUCCGAAGAGUAACCAGUAUGGCUUCUUCGACAUAUCCAUCACGAAGCAGCAGAUCCUUCUUGAAUCCAUCAACUACCGAGGAGAAACCUUGGGCAAGUAUGCGGUGCGCCCGAAAGCAAGAGCUCUUUGAGUUGUGGGUGACUGAAGCCAUAGGCUGGCACUUUCCAACACCUGGAGGUGGGUGCGAUCGAAUUGAGAUUAGAAGAAGGUUUGCCUUUGAACAUUUGCAGCCAAAGUGCUGUUUGCUGGCGAAAGAGCCAACAACCAACCAUGUACAUUGAAGAAGAUAGAAUACGAGGGAUUUUGAUUUGAUAUUCGAAGAAAUUUGGAUCCGCCCUCAUUCAUUAAUAUAUUCGAUUACCUCAAUUAGUUCCUUCA